UUCCCACUUUGAAAAAUUUCAUCUAAAAGAAGCACAGAUUCGCCCAUCCAUUCUGUCAACAAAGAAGGUAUCAAGAGAGCAAGAAGGAAAGUGAUUUCCCCUACAUCUCAUUCGUCUUGAAGAUCAGUCAGAAAGAGAAAUUCGGCAUCAUCUGUGACAGUCAGACAGUGGAACGAAAAAUGCCAGUGAAAUGUUGUUUUCACAGAUCACCAAGGACAGAAGGGAUGGCAUGGUCUGAAAAUAUGGACACACUUUUAAUGAACCAAGCUGGUUUAGACGCUUUUCGAACAUUUCUAAAAUCGGAGUUUAGUGAAGAAAAUGUCGAGUUCUGGCUUGCCUGUGAAGACUUCAAGAAAACCGAAAGUACAGAAAAAAUUGUUUCCAAAGCCAAGAUGAUUUAUUCUGAAUUCAUUGAAGCUAAUGCCCCUAAAGAGAUUAAUAUUGACUUCAGUACCAGGGACCUCAUCUCAAAGAAUAUCACAGAACCAACUCUCAAAUGUUUUGAUGAGGCUCAGAAGUUAAUCUAUAGUCUCAUGGCCAAGGAUUCUUUUCCUCGAUUUCUAAAAUCAGAGAUUUAUACAAAACUGGUAAAUAGCAAACAGGUUGGGAAUAAUAAAAAAUGGUUCCCUUUCUUGUAAAGAAGGUAAAUGACAAAUACUAAUCAGAUUAUGAUUUGGGG